AUGGCGAGCCGCGGAGCCCGGGCGGCGCCGGUGGCAGCGGGUCCGCCAUUGGACGAGGAGGCCUGAGGGACGGUGAGCGAGGCGAGGCCGAGCGUGUGGCCCCGGGAGAGCGAGGGCGAUGGACGCCAACGUGCCGAAGCGGAAGGAGCCUGGCAAGUCCCUGCGCAUCAAAGUCAUCUCCAUGGGCAACGCCGAAGUGGGAAAAAGCUGUAUUAUAAAGCGAUACUGUGAGAAAAGAUUUGUGUCGAAAUACCUUGCAACAAUUGGAAUUGACUAUGGAGUCACAAAGGUACAAGUCAGAGACAGAGAGAUCAAAGUUAACAUCUUUGAUAUGGCUGGACACCCCUUCUUCUACGAGGUUCGUAACGAGUUUUACAAGGACACACAGGGGGUGAUGCUGGUCUAUGAUGUUGGGCAAAAAGACUCCUUUGACGCCCUUGACACGUGGCUGGCGGAAAUGAAGCAAGACCUUGGACCUCACGGGAACAUGGAAAACGUUGUCUUCGUAGUGUGUGCCAACAAGAUUGACUGCACCAAGCACCGCUGUGUGGAUGAAAGUGAGGGGCGUCUCUGGGCCGAAAGCAGAGGGUUCCUGUACUUUGAAACUUCAGCACAAACCGGAGAAGGAAUUAAUGAGAUGUUCCAGACCUUUUAUGCAGCCAUCGUUGAUUUAUGUGAAAACGGCGGGAAACGUCCGAUCCCAAAUAGCAGCGCUAGUUUCACCAAAGAACAAGCAGACACCAUUCGCAGAAUUCGAAAUAGUAAAGACAGUUGGGACAUGUUGGGAGUCAAACCUGGAGCAUCAAGGGACGAAGUCAACAAAGCCUAUCGGAGGCUGGCGGUGCUGCUCCACCCUGACAAAUGUGUGGCGCCGGGGAGUGAGGAUGCCUUCAAAGCCGUGGUGAACGCCCGGACGGCCGUGCUGAAGAACAUCAAAACCUCCCUGCUCGUUUCCCGUGUGUGUUGUCAGCCCUGAAUCAGUAAUCCAGGCGCCUGCUACCAUGUCACAGAGGGGGCGAAGGGACCACACGCCUGCGUCGCUCAUCGCAUAUUUCCAAGCUGAAAGCAAGUCCCCCCGUAGGCCCCUUGCUCAGGAGAGUCCAAAGGUUUCUGGAGGGGAAGGACAGGAAGACCCUUUCACCUUCUCUUUCUUUUUUAUUAAUUCAUCAUCAGAAUUAAAACAGAAGCAGACAAUAUCGAAACCCCUGGAAGUUUGGUGUGACCUCACAAGCAAGUUGCUCCUUUUAGGAUGAGUCCUUAGGUGGUGUUGUAACCAUCAAUCUAAGAUUAAUGAGCUCUUAGAGCCCUUUGGAAGUUUGUGAAACAGAGUGAUGCGAUUCUGAAUUAAGCAGCCCUUUUUUGACAUUUAGUCUGUUCCCUUCUCUGACCACCAGGGGGAGAGACGAGCCAGUCCUGAGGGUAAAAGCGAUGGCAGCCACACUUCUGGGUAAACUGGCUGCUGCUAGUCGGGCCCCUGGAUCUGAGGUCUCUCCCUGGCUGUGGAGAUGGGUGCUGGUUGCUGUGGGGAGCAUCAUCACCUAGGAACGAGGAACCGGACCCAAGACAAGGGCUUGAGGGCACACUGGAUGGUGCACACAUGGCCAGGGCCCCGCCAGCCUGGCUCAGGCACAUUUGAUGCCUUAAUGGAGCCCCCAUAUGAGGUUUAUGCCUUUUAUUGUUUCUGCAUUAUUUGCUGCAGACAAAUAAUGGUGGGAAAGGCAGGGGUGCUGCUCAACAAGCCAGGUCUCCUCAUCAGUGUCAGUUCCUCUCCUCUAGCCUCCUUAUUCCAUAUACGACAUCCGCCAUCAGUUCUCCCCUUCAGUCCCUGGCUUCCACCCACUGCCUCCCUACAGGCCUGGGCCUGGGCCUGGAUGACCAGAGGAAGUGUGGGUCCUUUGGUGGGGGCCGGUGGAGGGAGAGAUCCUUAAGCCUGUGUGGGAGGAAUCGCCAUCAUUUUGCUUGGGUCCCAAAUUUCUGAAUAGCGAUAUUUUACACUACAGAUUAUAAAGAUUACCUUCACGUAGAGAAAUCCAUUUCGCCAUAGUCUCCGGCUCAGUCUCCCAGGAUGGGUGAAGAUCAGGCCUGGCCUUUCUCUCAGGCGUCUACCCCUCUCGGGUGGCUCAUCGCCUGUCACUCUCAUGAGGAUGCUCAUGUUUUUAGCUGUGACCACGCUGCACUGAUGGGGGCUUUAAGGUUCACAGGACACUACUUUCUGUGAAUUUUACCAGCUGUCCCAUAUAGAUCCCCGGUUGGCAUGCCUACACCUCAGGAGAAAGGCACUUCCAUUCAUUCACGCCCACUGCGUCUGGGGUUCUUGCCCUCCCAAAGCAGCUGCAUUCGGUGGCUGCCCUCGGGCUGCAGGGAGCUUGUCAGAAACCAGAGCAUUGAUUUCUAGUAGGUUCUCAUCUCCGUGAGACCGAAAUGUUCUUUUUUAUGAGAUGAGAUCUGAGAUACGAUUUCUGGUGGGAUUUUCCUCUGGCCGUUUAAUGUUCACCAGCUCUGGGACUGCGGGACUCCAACCCAAGGUUCUCUGGACCUGAUGUUACUUAAGGCCUUCAUCAUGCCUACAGUAAUGAACAGCGCUCUGUUCUGGCUACAGAAUUGAGGAGUCGUGUGAAUGAGGGAUCACACAUGGCCGUGUCAGCCCAAGUUGACCUGACAGCUCGCUGAGUGUGUGGCCCUGUAUAAAGAGCUGGGGCCAGUUUCAGCACUGUCCUUAAACCCUGGGUCAGUCACCUCACUCACCUACAGUGAGAGCGUGCGGCUGGGCAGUUACAGGGGGAGUUCUUUCGGCUUCCAUUCGUAUCCCUAUGUAGCGACUGACUUGUUGGAAUUUGGCCUGACCCUAUUCUCAGGUCCUGGGACUCAGUUCCCAGGACCUUCAUUGGGAGCCAAGGCGGCCAUGUACUGCUUCACUUAUGGAAAAGAGAGGAAGCCAGGAUUUUCUGACUUCCAUAAUUCUUGAGUAGAAUAUUAAAAGAUAAUGAAGCAUGAACAGCAAUGAGAAGUUUUUUUAGUACUAACUUCAUACAAACUUACAGACCUCUGUGCAUUAAUUUAACUUCUUGGUGCAAAUAUGCCCUUUAUAGUUCAAUCUUAAAAUUAUUCAGCCAGUUAGGAUUUCAGAAUACAUCAGUGAGAGUAACAACUAGCAGAAUAAUUUUAAUGGCUAAAAAAAAUUUCUAGAGAGAAUCUUGUUUUUCAAAAAGGAAUAAAAAGUUUGAACAGCUAUUAUUAAAGAAAAGCCAUUCCUUCCACAUCUGAGUCACCAAGAAUUAACUUUUAAAACUUGUCAGAAAAAACCCUGGAGGCAUUUCAAGCUAAUCGUCCAACCUACCCAAGCACUUUAACAUCCACCGCCUUCUGUUCCACUGUCCUCUCCUGCCUCCAUUUGAAUCGAUGUUCUCGCCUGUCAGCAUUUCUGUUAUUCCACGUGUCAUUUUCUUCUUCACAUUAAUGUGUCCUUGGCAUUGUGGUCAGUCUGUUAAGGGACUGUAGAUGCGGGGUGUCGUGCUGCUACCCCCCAUAAACUGCUCUGAUGCUGUAGCUCGCACACUAUUCUUUAAGGCUCACAUUUACCUCAGGAAACUUAGGUUAGUAUGUUCUCAGCAUUGAAUUCUCAACUGGUCAAUAUUUUUUAUACCCAUAACCUAGUACCUACUUCACUGUUAGUCCCAUGAGCCAUAGACGAGGCAGCUGACUUUCUGAAAGAAAGCCGAGUGAGUGCAGCACCGGAGUGAGGUUGCCGCCCCUCGCAGCAUGGGGACAGCCUGGAGGGGCGAGGGGUUCCAGUGUCGGGUUGGAAGGCGUGGAGCUGGUGCACAUUGUGUGUCACGGUGACAGCGCCUUCUCCCAGGAACCUCGGUGGGCGCCGGGAUGUCACUCCCUUCACUGCACGCUGUCCAGCUCAGAGUCUGCCUAUGAUGUGGUGAGACUUUUGAAAAUGGUCUUUGGCUAGUUUUUAAACCAAUUUUGAGUUUAGCAAAACAUAGCUAACCACCUUCCAUCGCAAGUUUUGCAAAGUGGAAAGAGGUUCAGACUUGGGAUUGAGCACAAUUGUAAGAUACACUUGAUACCAUUUGUACAUUGGUUUUCCCAUGAACCAUCUCUAGAGAAGACAGCAUUUAAUCUGUGAUGUGGGUGCAUCAGCUUGUGUGGAACAAGCAGUGCAGGACCGCUGUGCAGUGAAGGCCUGGGGGGUGACCUGUUGGAAAGGGGCCAGUUUGGGUUGGCUUCCUGCAUCGGUUGCCCUUUGACUGUGAAUGCAGAGUCUCUAAACAAACCUUUUGCUCUUACGAGGUAAUUUACAUAUUUGCUUUCUGUUGAAAUAACUGAAAAUGUUAAAUCCAACAGUUGUUUAUGUCUUGUAUAGAGAGUGUCAUAUGUAUUUAAGUUGUGUAUUUUUAUAAAGUAAAGCCAAAUAUCAAACACU